AGGUGAUUCCUGGUGGAGCUGACCGGUGGGACCGUCUGGCUGAGGGCAAGAGCAGUGAUCAGCUGGUGGAUGUGCUUCUGGAAGAAAUAGGAACAGGAACACUGAAAGAGAGGAGUGUCUUCCCUGGAUGGGGCAAAGGUGACGAGGUGCCUGUGUACCUGAGGCACGAAGGUGAAGUCAGGAACAAAAAUGUGACUAAGAAGGAUGUGGUGAACAUCCUAAAGGAUGUCUGGAAGGAGAAAAUUGCACUAGAAGAGCAGACAGGGAAGCGAUCCAGUCUGCCCGAGUUCUUUCUCAGCUACCUCCAGAAGAAGUAUGGAGAUGCUGAUGCCAUGGAAUGGUCGUACACCCUCUACGAGAACAUGCGGCUCUGUCGAUCGAACCACGUCCUGAGCUCGUUCUAUGACGUACUGACCGGGAAGGUGGGUGAAGAACAGUUCCACAGCCAGAACCAGCUGAUUUCCAACCUGCAGAAGGAGCUGGCUGCCUGCGACAGCUCCAACAGCGGAUCCCUGACCCACGAGCAGUUCAGCACGGUGGUGAGGGAAGCUUUUCCCCUGAAAAGGGAAGAGUCAAUCCAAGAACUGCUGGAUGUGAGCAGAUUCCAGCUGGACAGCACUGAAGACCUCAUCGACUAUACAUCCUUGUUCAAAGAAGAUGAGGAGGGGAACGCUGAACCUUUCGUCAGCAAGCUCAGGAGCCAGUAUGCCAGGGAGAAGCAGGAGUAUCUGAGACAGCUGAAGGACAAGCUGGGAGAUUUAAUGGAGGUGAAGGCAGGUGACCUGAAGAUCGCCUUCUGUGCCAUCGAUCCCGAUAUUGAUGAUCAGACGCUGGAUACCUACGUUGGUCUGGCUUGUCAGGUCCAGAGAGAAGAGCCAGACCAAGAAGUUGUCCCUGUGGAAACUGCACUUGAGAGGCUACUCGCUGGAGAUGUGAGGCGAGUAGGGCCCUCACCCAGGGAGGAAAGCACGACCGGCUUUGAAGGAGAGUAA